CGGUGGAUUGUGAUACUUUCGAAGUGGAUUUUCGUGUUGGGAAUCAUGAGUUCACGUAAUUCUGCGUUGGCCUCGCUAACGGCCACUUACACAGAUUCAGAGAACGAAGAAGACCGGCGAACGGAUGAUGAAUCCGAACAAUCCGAGGGCGGGAGCAGCAGCGUAUCCCAGAUCCGUUCCCGACAGCCAACACCGCUACGAGAAGCAUCGGAAAACUCCGGCACACCCGGCACCCAAGCCAUCCAGACCAAUAACAGUAGCAAUAGCAACAGCGGUAAACCUGGAGAUCCGAGUGCUUCAGGGGAAACGGCCACUGCCUCUGCCGCAACGAAACCAAAGCGAAAGAAAGCGCUGCGAUUAGUGAGCUACAUCGACGAUACGAUCGUUUCGGACGAUGAAAAUAAUUCCCCUGAACGAGACGACGAUGAUGAAGAGGAGGAUGACACGGUGGAGGAACCAGCGACAGAGCAGGCCCCGGAGGAGACACCGGCACCACAGAAACCGGACCGAUCGAAACAGUACGGGUUCAGUUUGCCACCGGAACCGAAGGGCAAGUGUUCGCAGGAGCUACAGGAUAAGAUUGCGGCAUUGUACGAGCGAAUGAAGAACUCAAAUAUGGACACGAACCGCAUCAUCCAGGAGCGCAAGGAGUUCCGCAAUCCGAGCAUCUACGAGAAGCUGAUCCACUUCUGCGACAUCAAUGAGCUCGGGACUAACUAUCCGCCCGAGUUCUUCGAUCCCUUCCAAUGGGGCAAGGAGUCGUACUACGAGGAGCUGGCCAAGUCACAGAAGAUCGAGAUGGAGAAGGUCGAGAAGGCCCGAAAGGAGGCAACUAAAACCGAAAUCCAAACUGGCGUCAAGCGCAUGGACCCGGAGGAGUCGAAGAAGCGCAAAUCGAAAUGGGAUCAACCGGGAGUGCUUGGUGCUGCUCCAGGUAUGUUAGGGGCAGCCGCGCCAGUGACGGUAGUGAAUGUACUCAAACCAGGCGGAAUCAUACAGCAACCGCUCACGACGACAGCUACCGGUACGAAAGGAACGGUAAUAUCAGCCUUCGGAUCGUUACCCAAAAAGCCCAAGGUUUAGGGGGGAUGGACAGGUGCGUAACGGACACUGAAAUAUCAUGUUUAAGUUAAAAAAAUAAUAAAAGCGAUUCUAAAUUAGGUAAAUACGAGUUCGUUGUGGGAUUUUGUUUAAAAACAGUUCUUUAUUCGAUCGAUUGUUACAUAAAAUCCUUCUCGAAAGGAAAUGAGCUACACUACGGUGAUUUAACUAGUUUAGGAGUUCUGCAGAGAAAUAUAACCAUAAUCGGUGCUUUCGUGUUUCGCGUCUUCGAGUUUCUUCUGUACAGGUCGGCUCCAAGUCGAACGAACAUCGAAAAAUGAUGAGCAACUUCAGGCAUUUAUCCAUAUUCACCCCGUGGGUUGCAGUAGGCUUAACUUAUUCUAAACGAACACCCAGGGCAACAGCCGCGCGUUCUCGCUUGCUGCCAGUGUUCCAA